GAUGGGGGAAGGGGUUGCACGGAUUGGAGGAGCGAGGAGACUCAGUCCCCAUCUCGAAGCACAGGGCAGGACGUCGCGGCGGAGUGGGGAAGCGAGGAGGCCGUGGCCGGGAGCUUGGAGGUCAUGGGAAGUACGGGGCCGGGUGCUCAGAGUGAGGGACGAGGAGAAUCGCGGCCCGGGGAGAGGUGACCUAGGGGCCGCCCCCUUCCCUCCAGUGUAGACCCUUGUCUGAGACCGAGCUAUGUGGGGCGACCCCUGGCUCCUCCCGCCUGCCUCUGCCAAUCCGGGCACUGGGACAGAGGUCGGUGUUGAACGCCCGGGCCCCAGGGGGAGGGAGGGGACCAACGGGCUUCGGCGCUGACACCGCGGCACUCAUGCCCUGUCCCCUUUCAGCUGUUUCCAGCAUACUGUUCCCUCUCUGUCCCCAGGCCAGGGCUUCGCUGAAGCCCCAGCCACUCCCUAGUGCCUGGCCCGGUGGUGGCCAAGCAGUUGGCCUCGCUGCUUCUCCCGCAGAGUGGACGCCCACUGCGGGCGAAGGCUUGGCCUGCCCUCUUCACUGCUGUAUUUCCAGACCUGAUGCCUGCGUUUGCUGAGUUUGAGAAAGCUGCAGAGGAGGUUAGGCACCUUAAGACCAAGCCAGCGGAUGAUGAGAUGCUGUUCAUCUAUGGCCGCUACAAACAAGCAACUGUGGGCGACAUAAAUACAGAACGGCCCGGGAUGUUGGACUUCACAGGCAAGGCCAAGUGGGAUGCCUGGAAUGAGCUGAAAGGGACUACCAAGGAAGAUGCCAUGAAAGCUUACAUCAACAAAGUAGAAGAGCUAAAGAAAAAAUACGGGAUAUGAGAGACUGGAUUUGGUUACUGUGCCAUGUGUUUAUCCUAAACUGAGACAAUGCUUUGUUUUUCUAAUACUGUGGAUGGUGGGAAUUCGGGAAAAUAACGAGUUAACCCAGUUACUCAAGGCUGCUCACCAUACGGCUCUAACAGAUUCGGGGCUAAAAUGAUUACUGACCUUCCUUGAGUAGUUUUUAUCUGAAAUCAAUUAAAAGUGUAUUUGUAACUUUAAAUAACUUUA